AUGGCGCCGGUCGGGAAGGGCCUCGGCACACUGACCUCGGCGGCCGCGGGGUCGCUCACGUCGGCCGCCGAGACGGGCCUGAGCAUGAUGAUGCCGACGGACUUUCCGACGCUAUUUGCGCAGCGCAAGGCCGACAUUAGCGGCUUCUACGACCCGUCGAUGGACGACGACGGGGCCGAGCACGUGGCCUCCGAGGAGGCGCGCGAGUACAUCAACGUGUGUGGGCACAACCUGCACUCGGUGCUGAGCAACCCGCGGGGCGGCAACUGGGGCGACGCGUUUCUAGAUGCGUUUACGCUGCCCGGCGAGACGGAGCUCACGAUCACGUCCAUGCUGAACGCGCCAGUCAUCAGCCGUCGGGAUUUCGACCCGUUCAUGAAGAGCCUCGGCGAGGCGAGUGCCAUGUACACCAAGAACCACGAGCGACCGGUGCGCGAGCAGCUGUCGUCGGCCAACGUGCCAUCGGUCGCGGCCGCCGACGAGGACGUACAAAAGUGCUUUCAGGAAGUUCCGAGCAUGUACUUUAAGCCCGAGUACGACUUUACGGACCCGCAAACGUUCCAUCACGUGCUCCAAGGCGCGUCGAUCCAAGACACGCAAGACAAGCUCUCGGGGUAUUUGGACCGCGUCGAAGUGAGCUUGCUUCGCCAAGUGUCGUCGCGCUCGGACCGUUUUUUCGAAGCCUCCAAUUCGCAAAACGAAAUGAAAAAGCGUGUGACCCAAGCCUGUGACCAAGUCAAGCACCUCCGAGCAACGAUGGAGCGGCUGCGCAACUCGAUGGCCGACAAGUCGCUGGCCAUUUUGCAGCUGCAUCGGCGCCAGAAGCGGCUCGCCGAGCUCCAGGAGAUUGUGCUGCAGAUUGAAGAGAUGAAGCACACGGAGAGCAGCGUCGAGGCGCUUGUGCACGGCCACGACUAUACCGGCGCUCUAGAUGCGAUCGACACGGCACUGCGCACGACGAGCCAGCUCGCGGGCAUACAUUGCGUCCGGUCGCUCGGCGAGAAGCUGCAGACGUACCGGUCGUUCAUUCGAAGCCAAAUGAGUGCGCGCUUCUUGGCCAUGGUCACCGGUAGUGACUGGGUCUUUGAUCCGUCGUACGACGCGGCAAGCGCGGCGAGUAACCCUGUCUUGGCACAGAGUCUGGCGCUCAAGCAAGACCAGACGCGCGAGGAAAUGAAGGCUCUCAUGGAUGCACUCUUCCGUCUCGAGGCCAUUCCCGAGACCAUGAACAAGUACCGUAGCCAGCUCACGGACGAGAUCAAGAUCGUGGUCAAGACCGUCGUGAGUGAAACGAUCGAAUCGUCGUCCACGACCAAGCCCGGAGACGGCGCCGACGCCAACGUGACGGUCCAGCUGCGCGCGUUGACGUCCGAGGAGUUCCUCUCGUGCGUCGAGAUGAUCUUUGAGCACCUCUUGAUCGUGCUCCAGCGCGCCAUGUCGGUCCAGACGAUGCUCGCCGCCACGUUCCACGUCGACGUUAGCACGCCCCGUGACGAGCAUGACAACGACAGCGGUCGCAGUACAACGACGACGACGACGACGGUGACGGACAACGAGUGGUCCCCGGACGCCGCGCCCGAAGCCGCCGACAAGCUUGCCGAGUGGCAAGAGACCAAAAAAGCCGCCAAAAUCGUGCGCGAAGUCGAAGAUGCGAUCCGGAAAACGUGCGAAUUCUCGCAGCGCAGCGUGAGCAACCUCUUCGCGGUCCGAAAAGAAGUCCAGGCCACGUACACGAUGCCGCAAUUGCGGUCCCUCUACGAUGCGACCAUGAGCUUUGUCGUCAACCUCGAAAAGUCGACGGGCAAAACCGACUAUACGCUGCGCGGCGCGCUCUUCAACCAAGUGAAAUUGUUUCUGGAAAAGUACCACCAGAGCCAGAUCAACAAACUCGUCUCGACGCUCAACCACGAGCUAUGGAAGAACGCGGAAAUCUCCGCGUCGCGCCACGCCAGCCUUCUGCAGUUUGCCCAAGGGAAAGGCGUCUCGCUCGUCCUGUCGCACGACCACGUGGUCGCGGCCGAGACCGCGCCGCCGCUCAAGCAGCUCACGCUCUCGUCGACGCUGUCAUUCCGCGUCGUCUGGUCCGUGCUGCUUACACUCGAGAUCCUCAUGAACUAUGUGAGCUUGGCGGCCAAUUUCCCAGUCGUCGCGACCGAUAUUGUGCAGCGCUCGAUCGAGAUGCUUCGGCUCUUCAACUCGCGAACGACCCAGCUCGUGCUGGGUGCCGGCGCCAUGCAAGUGGCCCACCUGAAGAGCAUUUCGGCCAAGCAUCUCGGCCUGGCGUCGCAGUCGCUCGAGGUCAUUGUCGCGUUCAUUCCGCACAUCAAGUGCCAGCUCGCGCUGCAUUUGACGCAGCGCCAAAAGCUGCUGCUCGACGAGCUCGACAAGGUCACGCACGACUACGUGGAGCACAACAACAAGAUUUUCGGCAAGUUUAUCAGUAUUGUCGAAGACCAAAUCAUGAAGAAGGCGCUGGAAGUGAUCGCGACCGACGUCGACUACGACGUGAUUGCUGUGCCAAGCGCGCCGCUGCGGAGCAUUGCCGCCAACACGGUCAAGCUGUACCAAGUGCUCAGCCCCGUGCUGCCGUCGCUCCAGCUCCAAGUGGUCUUUUCGCGCGUCUUUGAUAUGUUUACGCACAAGAUGCCCGAGUGCUUCAAGGCCGUCGCGCCGCGCACGUCGGUCGGGAAAGCCAAGGUCAUUGAGGACAUUAAGGCGUUUGUCGCCGCCUUUCAGGAGCUCAAGGACGUGCAGUUCAAGGGCGACGCCCUUCUUGCGCACUUUGCCGGCUCAGCUUUUGAUCGUCUACUCUCGGGCUACCUCUACUCGACGCCCAACACGGCGUCCAACACGCACCAAGCCGCGUUCCGCUACCUCUGGCCCGUGCUCCGCGCCCGCGUCUUUCAACUCUUUCGCGCCGACCUACCGUCGCUCCAAGACGCGGUUGAGCUCGCGCUGACCGAAACCUCGAUCGACAUGGUCGCCACCGACAUUGACUUUAUCAAGCACACGACGACGCUGUAUGAGGCUCCUGCCACUUGCUCGCUGCAGCUCCAUCUCUACGACGAGCCAUUGCCAGGCGCGGCGACGGUCCCACUGGUUGGCGACAAGAGCAGUCAAGCCGCGGCACUCGCGAUGGCCACUGAGUCCAUCGUGCUUCUCAAAAACGCCAACGCGACGCUGUCACUUCCAGCGAACGCGUCGAUUUUUCUCACGGGCCCGGCCAUCGACAGCAUCGGGCACCUCUUUGGCGUCGACUCUGCGGGAACGUUUACGCCCGAGGACAUGGCCGAGGCGACGCGUCUCGCGGGCCAAGCAGCGUACACACUCGUCGUGCUUGGUGAAGUCGCGUAUGUUCGCGCCCUUACCGCGACCAAGACCAAGCUCCUUCUCGUGCUCGUGGAAGGCCGGCCUCGGCUGCUGCAGGGGCUACCCGACCUCGCCUCUGCCGUCCUGCACGCCAUGCUGCCUGGUGAGAUGGGCGGCGCUGGGAUCGCGAGCGUGCUUCUCGGAGCGACGAACCCCAGUGGCCGGCUGCCGUACACGUACCCCAAGGCGCCAUUGGAUGCAGCGGUGACAUACUUCCACCGGCGCAACGCGGGGUGCACUACCAACGGCCUCUUUGGCGAGUGCGCGCCCGAGUGGACCUUUGGGAGUGGGCUGAGCUACACGCGCUUUACGUACAGCGACGUGUCCGUGCUCGUCGGCGAGAAGCACGCGCUCACGAUCACUCUGGCCGUUCAAAACACGGGCGACGGCGACCGCGACCACGUCGUGCUGCUGUUUCCGCGCCAGGAAGCCCGUCGUGGCAUCGCGCCCGAGACCAAGCGCCUCGUGUUCUUUGAAAAGUUGGCCAUCGCGGCCGGGAGCGCCAAGGUCGUGCGUGCCGAGCUCCGUGCCAAAGACUGGGGCAUCUACACCAAUGCAGUGGGCCACGGUCUCGAAAAACACGUGUCGCCCGGUGCGUACACACUGCUCGUCUCCGAGGCGGCCGACUGCGCAAAAGGACAGUGCGUGCGCUUUAGAGCAGGUGUGCAUGGCACCUACACGCCGACAACGACGGUGAAAGUGGCGGCGCAAUCCCACAUUGCGUCCGUCUUGCGCUACCACACGUCUUUGUAA